AAGUGUUUUUUUAUGUUUUUUCCUCUGCCUAACCCUCCAACAUGGCUGCUAGGAGGCUAAAACGUGUGGCGGCCUCUCAGCCUGGCUUUUUGGGUUUAAAGGGCGCUCGGGACACCGCAGAGCUGCUCGGCGGUCGCAGAAAACGCGUGAACAAGAAUAAAAAGAAAAACUGGAACAAACACAUCGACGUUAAUGAUGUGGAGGACUUUUUAGAAGACGUCAGACACCAGGAGAGGACCACGGGGGGUCUCCUGUCUGAGAAGCCAGAUGACAGUUUGUUCUUCUUGGAUGUUGGACAGCCACAGAGAGCUGAACCAAAAGAAGAAGAAGAACCUGUCGAGGGGAAGAGGAAGAAAAGGCGGGGUCCUCUGAGGAUAGACCUGAUCCUGCAGCACGACUCUCUCGUCCCACCGCCUAAAGAUGUGUUGUCUUACCAACAACCAAAUGCCAAGAAACUCCGUCGCAUUGCCCAGAAGGCCGAGCAGCUGGCAGCUAAAGGUGUGGUGCCACGGAGGCAGAAACGGCUGCUGAACAGACAGCCGGUCAACAGGACGACCAAAAAGGCAGUGACAGAGGCUAACAACAACCCAGACAGAGAGUAUUACGACAUAUGGGGGCAAGAGCCCAAAGAAGUAGGAGACGCAUGGUUCCUUCAACAGACUGGCAAGAAGCGUGUCAAGCGACCAGAGAAGUUGAAUGAGAAGCCGUCUGUGCUGCCUGCUGUGGAGGUGAUCGCUCCCGGAGGUUCCUACAACCCAGACUUUUUCUCCCACCAGGCUUUGCUGCAGGAGGCCCAUGAGGUGGAGGUAAAGAAACAAAAGGCAGAAGACAAAAUAGAGAGACAGCUGGCUGUCAACAGAGAAGACACAGCUACAGAGGAGACGAUCUAUCAGGAGCAGGUGGAAGGCCUGGUAGAGGAGGACGACGAAGAAGAAGCGGCUCCUAUUGAGGAAGAGGAAAUUGCGUCUGUGGGAGCCAUCACGGUGGCAGAAAAGAAGACUGAGAGACAGAGGAGAAAAGAGAGGGCAGAAAAAUUGAAGUGGCAGCGGCGGCAGGCCAACAGACUGUACAAUAACCAGCGGCAGCAGCUUUUCCAGCUUCGCUCCAUUAAAGCGUCCAUUAAACAGCAGGAACAGACGACCAAAGACAAUCAGAAAGAACGCCUGGCCAAGAAGGAAGCAGAGAAAGCUCAGCCCAGACGCCUCGGCAAACUCAAAUUUCAAGCUCAGGACCUGGAGGUUAAGCUGAGUGACGAGCUGGCUGGCUCCCUGCGACAACUCAAGCCAGAGGGCAGCAUCCUCAAGGACCGCUUCAAGAGUCUGCAGAAGAGGAACCUGAUCGAACCCAGAGAAAGAGCCAAGUUCAAGAGGAGACACAAGGUGAAGUAUGUGGAGAAGAGGGCUUUUAGAGAGAUCUCUUAGUGCUACAAACCACAAGAAGAUGGACAACAUUUGAAAGCUACAAACACAACAUAAUGGAACUCUAUAUACAACCUAAUGACUGCUGAUGGUAUGCUUGACCCUCACAGAUGGUUACAACUGCAAAUUACUAUGUCUCAUCAAUGAUAUAAACUGAAACAAAAAGUGCUGGUUAUCAGUGUGGUGUAUUUUUCUGUACUGGUUCUAUCUUGCAUUUUUGUAUUACGUUUCACAAUUAAAUUAAACCAGUAAUAUUUC